ACCUUUGGAAAGACAAAACUUUAAUUUUGAUUAAUCUCACAAAAUACGUUUAAGGACAUCUGUGACGCAUUGUAUUAACUAAUUGUUUUGUCCCAAGAAAUUAUCAACGUGUAGAGACAAAGGAUAUGUACAUGGAAGGAAGUAAGGCUGUAUCAGACCAUAUCAACCAAAGUGGAAAAAAUGACAGUUUCUUUGGCAACGACAGUAUGCAGAAUAGGCAAGUCGCCUUUGUCAUUCUCAAAACUACCGUGAUGAUUAUCAUCAUGCUCGGAGCCGUCUUUGGCAAUAUCCUUGUUGUGAUCGCUGUAAUGAAAUUUCAACGCUUACGAGCUAUUACUAACUAUUUUAUCGUCUCGCUGGCUUUUGCGGAUUUUCUGGUGGCAAUUCUAGUAAUGCCAUUUAAUGCAAGUAUAGAAAUAUCUGGUAAAUGGAUUUUUGGGAGAAUAAUGUGUGACGUGUACAAUUCUAACGAUGUCCUUUUUAGUACCGCGUCUAUACUUCAUUUGUGCUGUAUAUCAAUGGAUAGGUACAUAGCUAUAAUACACCCAUUCAAAUACGAAUCCAAAAUGACACGAUGUAGAGUUUUUAUUAUGAUUGCUAUCACUUGGAUAUCAUCAAUCUUAAUCUCAUAUAUCCCAAUACAAUCUCAUUGGUACACGACUUCAGACACAUUAAAGGAAAUGGAAAACAGCCCUGAAGAGUGUUUAUUUAUAGUGAAUAAAGUCUAUGCUGUCAUUUCGUCUAGCAUUUCUUUUUGGAUACCUUGCACAAUUAUGGUAUUCGUUUAUUUAAAGAUUUUUAUGGAAGCUAGACGCCAAGAAACACAAAUUAAGCAAUCAGGCUACCAUUUGAAAGGAAGACCAUCGGAACAGACUAAUCUGACUGAUGAUCAGAGUGAACGCAGAAAUGAAAGGAAGCGCAUGCGCAGAGAACAUAAAGCUGCAAAGACAUUGGGUAUAAUAAUGGGUGCAUUUGUGUUCUGUUUUCUUCCCUUCUUUACAUGGUACUUAGUAACAACACUUUGUGGUGAAUCAUGUCCAUAUCCUCAAACCCUUGGUUCUGCCUUAUUUUGGCUCGGUUACCUCAAUUCAUGUCUGAAUCCUAUAAUUUAUGCUUACUUUAACAGGGAUUUUCGAAGCGCCUUCAGAAAAUUACUAAAAUGUAGUAAGUUCUUUGGUGGAAGUAAUAGUGAAAACAAUUCGGGUGUAGUGUUAACUGCUGGGCAAUAUGAAAAUAGAGACAAUGUAGUACAUAUAAAAUCUGAUCAUCUAGUACGAAAUGGAAAUAAAUCUCAUGUGUGAUAAUUUGUUGAAACUUGCGUAAAUUUGUUUGGAUGUAUUUUAUUUAAAUAUAAUAUUGAUCAAUCUUGUACUUCAUUUUACAUGUUCACAAACUGCUGAUGUGUAUAUGGAACAUUUUAAACAGACUUUCAUUUCGAAUAAUUUUCAUUUUAAUGUAAUGUGUUCAGAUUCGUGUAAAGCCAUUUUAUGAGCUUUGUAAUUAAAAUAAUGUCUUUAUUCUGCAUUUUUAUAUUUAUGAAGCAUUGAUCUCCAUAGCUUGCAAAAUGUAAAGGAAAAUAUUAACAAGGAGAAUAUAGAUACAGAGGUUGCAGUGUAUUUGAAUAUAUAUUUUCCCUGACACAAUAGAUACUGUGAAAUCCAUGCUCUAUGUUGGAGAAUACGUAGUAUUAACUAUUUUUUUAAUUACACGUAUUUUUAUUUUAGGUAUAUACAUUUUUAAAACCGUAUGUUCAUCCGUCAUAAUUUGUUGCCAUCAUAACUAUUGACUUCCUUGAAUAAUGCCACGUACGGUGUCGAACGGAAAAAGUCAACAACGUUAGGCCAUGUCAUCGUAUGCUGAAGUCAAUAGCAUUUGGAUAAUACUUUGUAUCCACUCCAUUUUCUGGUAUAUUUCUUGGCAACCGCUUCAUGUCAGAUAAAAUAUGUUUUCGGAGUGUUAUAUCUACAUCUCUUGAAAGAUCUUUCAAUUACUUAGAAGGCUUAACCAUGAAGCCAUUCAGGAAUGAUCAUUUUUGGGCAAAUAUGUAUGAUGAAGUUUAGUAUAUAUUGCUUCCUUUAAAGAAGGAUUAAUAACAAAAAAGUACAAACAUUUAACCCAGACUAAUAUAACAAUAAAGUAAGCCAUCGAAUAUUAUUAGAUUAUGUUACAGAAGUAUCUGCCUCCCUUUUUUUGACAACGUGCAAAGUGAAACUCUUAGUCUUUAGGUUUCGGUUUAAUUCAGUGUCAUAAUAAAAAUUCAAAUAAUUUGUUUUUAUACAUGGCGCAUAUUUAUUUCUUUGUAUGUAUUCUUUAAUAUAUGACACAAAAUUUGGUUGACAUACAUUUAUGGUUUGUUAAACAUCUACCACUUAAGGACUAUGCUAUUUUGACAUUGUAAAAUUCCUAUGUAAAACUGAGAUUGUCGUAACAACACGAGAAAUGCACGGGGACCAAAGAGAAACUAAUAAUAAUGAAAACAUGUAUCUCCGAGUAAAUUAUAAAGUAUCAAAAACACUCAAAAGCAUGUCCCAGCAGUGUACUAGAAAAAAAUGCAUAGACAUUUUCGGUGCAAGUAUUUGGUACCGUAAGUCUGUAAUAUUUGUACAAAAUAUAUAUUAAUCAAUCAAGGAUAUGUCAGUGUAAAUGAGCUGAGCGUUAGUUUUCUAAGAAAUUGUCGUUAAACUCUGUUACACAAAUCACACGUGCACAGCUUUUUUACAAAAAUAUAUCCGCCAUGUUUUCUUCAGUGAACGAAAUAAAAGUAGUGUUUUACCUUGGAUUUCCUUAUUGUAUAGUACGAUUCACUUUCUAAUCUAAAUAAAGCAUCACUUUUUUAUAACAUCCCACUGUCCGAUCUUUCUGAUCACUUAACGAUCACUCACAAUUAUAAAAUAAAUCCAACGUGUCAUCAAAAUUAUCACUUUACACGGCUUCACGGACAUCACAGCCUACUAACAUUAAAUUUGUAAUCAUGCGCCAACCAAACAAAUGAUGAAAGAUCGGGACUUUUUCAAAGAUAUGUUUUAUUUUCUGUAAUUUCCUGAUAUUCUAACAUUGAAACAACCGAAUUGUAUGCACAGAAAUAACGAAGAAUUUAUGCAAUAUAGCUUUUAGUUUAAAUUUUGGACCUAGCUUUUUUCCAGCCCAACAACAGACAUGUAUAUGUCACAAACCCGGCUUGUCCUCGAAUUCAGGGUCAAAGGUUACUAGAACAUAAAUACAAUAAAUAAACAAUCGCUUACUAUG